CGCACAUCGAAUCUUCACUGAAAGUUACCAACGAAGUAUGUAAUAGAGGGCGUUCGUCCAUAAAUCCGUGAAGUAGCAGACGACAUAAAGUUAUCAACACAAAACAAUUAUAUUUCUCUUUCUAGUCUGCCAAAUGAUUGAAAUUUUUAUUUGAAGGGAAUUGACCGUUUUCAGCGUCAAGUAUUUUCUGAAUGCCAAUUUUGCUUUUUCAAAAAUUUUGCGUCUCAUGUAUUGGAGUUUCCAAAAAUUUAGUGCAGCGCCCCCAAGAGUCCGCUAUUAGCCAAGCAAAUUCUUGUAUGGAGUCUAGAUUCUGAUCCAACAAGAGACAUCAUGCUGAAGGCAAAGAUUUUAAUUGUUGGACCGUGUGAGAGUGGGAAAUCAGUGAUUUCCAACUUUUUGGCUGAUGCAACAGAGAUAUCUGGAGGAGAGUACCAUCCCACUCAAGGCGUACGGAUUCUUGAGUUUGAGAGCAGCAGCAACCAGAUGGGAGCUCGCUCCACAACAGCUGAAGUGGAAUUAUGGGAUUGCAGUGGAGACCAAAAGUUCGAUGAGUGCUGGCCAGCUAUCAUGAAGGAUGCCAACGGUGUGGUGAUAGUGUACAACCCUGACAUUUCCUCCCAUGAAAGAGAGCUUGAAAUGUGGUACAGCCACUUUGUUGUGCAACAAGGACUGCGCGAGGCGCAGUGCCUCAUCAUGGGCCAUCGCAAACCAUCAGCAAAAUCUGCAUCAGUUGUAGAAAUACCAUCCUCUAUGUCUAAAGUGCAGCACGUUCAGACCAAUCUUGAGGAGGAUGCGGAGAGCCUCAGGAGAGACUUCAACCGGUUCCUUGGCAAGGUAUUGGGCGGAAUGAGCCGCAAGCAGGACCAGGAGGAGCUCAGUAUUAUACAAUGAAAAAAAAAAAAAUUGUCAACACCUUAUCAGGAGGAGACUGGGGAUGAUCUGGGGGUGUCAAAGUCGCCGGAUCCCUCCUAGUUAACCCAGUCUGAAAUUCCACCUGCAGAUUAUCACCUUCUUCAUGAACUAACUUACAAGUGCUGCUGUAUACUCUUCAUAAAAACAGCACAUGGAAUAAUUCUGGCUUCAAGAACUAACAUGAGGGUAUGCACUUGCAUUUUGUGCACUGAAGUGUAAUUUAAGAUAGCACCCCUUUUGUGAAUAUGAAAUUCAUAGAAGAAUGCUUUUUAAGGUUUGGCCCACUCAUCUCUAUACUUGUAGAAUGUAGUUAUAUUUAGCUAAAAACCUUUCUAACUUGGAAAAUUAAGAACGAUUUCAGCUCAUGAAAACAAAAAUGUCCUAAUGCAGUAUUUGUGUUUCAGUUCGGGAAAACGAAAAUCACAGGAACUGUAAAUUGUCCAUACGAGGCUUGCAAACAAGUGCUAUUUUUUGUAAGUUUGGGAUGUCAUAAACAAAUUGUGCACUUCAAGCGUUAAAGAUUUUCUCACUAGGGAAAUGUACAGCAAAGAAAUUUAGAGGAGUCUGCAGGGCUAGUGGAACCACAUUUGUGAGCUGCAGUUUUUUUUUCUUUGGUGCAGUCAGAUGGAUAGUUGAAAUAACAUUUCCCCUUGGAUGAAGCUUGAAAAAUACCAUAAAACAUGAUGCAGAUCAAAGUUUUCUUUUUCCCCAAAUUUUGUUGCUGUAACAGAACAAAAACGUCUUCAAUCUGGUUUGUACCUGCCACAUUUACAGUAGAAAUGUUAUCCUGACUUAACACUGCUUAAAAAGUGGAUGGGCAUUUGUUCCAUGAGAACAGACUGAUUAACUGGAGGCAUGGACUUGGAUAACAUUCGUGGGUAAGAUUUCCGUCUGCAGACAUCACUAAUUUUCCCAUGCAGUGGUUUAUCAGCCAUCAAAAAGUGAUGACAUGAUCAAAUUUAACAGGGGGAAUAUUGAGGCAUUUCCCAAGAAAACACUUAAUGUUUUCAGCCCACAGUCUCAUAGGGUCCGUGCACAGGAUGUCAAAUUAUGUCCCUCUAUGGAACUCUUUCCCUCCUGUUGAUAGCAUUUAAAACAAGUAUUUGGCUCCAUUUUACUUCUAGCCCGCCUCCCUCUGUUUCGUCUUUGUAACAUUAGUGACACGGACAUGUUGAAAACUAGUUGUGUAUGUACAUGUAUAUUAAAUUAAGUGUAAGAUAAAUGGACAGCUGAAUUUUUAGACUCUAUGUUUUCCAGUUGUAUAUUUUCUUGAAUACAAAUACUGUAUAUACAAGUGUGUAGAUUUGUCAACUUUUCAGAUGAACAAAGCAAAACGGUGUUUGUGCUUAAAUCUGUCAGUGGUCCUCUAAAUUUCCAGCGGCACCUCAUAUAAUUUGAAAAACAGGACAUUGUAAUAAAUGUUCAAACUUGGUAGGACUUAAAUGUGCUAUGUGGACAGCUUGUGUAGCUCUUCUUUAAUGCAAUAAAUAGAUGUUUUCAUCACUUACA